AUGUCAGAUAUAAAACAACUUCUGAAAGAAGCUAAAAAGGAAUUGGCAAGAGAAGAUUAUGAAGAAGCCAUUAUAAUUUCUAAGAAAGUUUUAAAAAAAGAUCCCAACAAUUAUUUUGCCAAUGUCUUCCUAGGUAAAUCAUAUUCAUGUAUUCAAGGUAAAACCGGAGAAUCAUUGAAACAUUACUUAGUUGCCAUUGAUUCUAAUUCUUCAAGUAUGCUUGCUUGGAAAGGUUUAUUUCUAGUUUUAAAGGAGCCAGGUUGCAUCCCUGAUAAUUAUUCAUUUGACGAAUAUUUUGAUUUAUGUGGAAAGUAUGCAGAGUGUCUUUUUCAACAGGAACUACCAAUGGUUGAUUUAAUACACGAUCUUCGAAUGAUGAAAAAAAGCAACCCAGCAUGUCUAGAAUCGUUUCUUAAACACCUCAAACCGGGCACGCCACUGGCUGAAAGAUUGGGUCAUCAUCUCAUGACUCCACAAACAAUUCUUCAAGAAUUAAUUAAAUUAAUCGGUAAUAAAGAACAAGAGGCUAUUGCUCAAUUGGUGAGUAGAGAACGUUUAAAAUUAAGUACUGCAGAUCCUUUAUAUCAAAUUAAAAUUAAUAGUAUAGCAUGGGAGAUUUAUGAAGAUUCCGAAAUGGAUGACUUAUACAGUCAACUUGUAAAUAUUACUAAUGAUGACGACACCAGAGCUAAAUUAGAAGAAUCCUGGCUACAAUAUAGAAUUAAAGUUUUGAAAUCAAUGCCCUCCGAUAUCAAAUUAGAAUUUUGCAGUAAAGUAAAGGCUAUGGUGGAAGAUAUGGUUUUGGUUAAUCAUGAAUCUUUAACUGCAUGGAAAUAUUAUUUUGAAUGGCAAGAUUAUGAUGAUAUAGACAACAUGGAAUUAGAAUUAAUUAUUAAAUUCUUUAAAAAAUUUCCAACUGAACCAUUUGCCAUGGUUUUAUAUGCAUGGGUAUCCUCCAAUUUAUCGAAAUAUGAUGUUCGUAGUAUAUUGUUCACAGAUAAUACAGAUAAGAAAAAUGAUAUACAGGCAACCGAAGAGGAACAAGAGGUUAAAGAAGCAACUGAGGAUAUUGAAGCAGAAGAAUCUAUGCAAGAGCUAAUGGAAACUGACGAUAAUAUACCUGCACUAUUGGAAAAAGAUGUUCUAACUGCCUUACUAGAGUCUAUUAGCAAGGUUCAAAGUAGUGCUUUGUCACAUAGAAUCAUUUCAAAGUAUUUUCUACUUACAAAUGAGUAUGAAGCUGCAUUAUCCUACAUUAAGACUGGUAUUUCAUUAAUUGCAUAUAAUAUAAGAGAUUUGGGUAUUCCAUUGCAUAAUUCAAAAUUAGAAGUUACAUUAGAUCUUGGUACUGUAUAUACAUAUGUGGAUGCCCCAAAAAAUCAUAAUGCUGCUUUAUCGCUGUUCGAAAAAAUUAUAUCUGAAGACCCUGGAAAUGCUAGGGCAAAAAUGGGUAAAGGUAUUAUUUUUAUGGAAAGGGAAAAUUGGAAUGACGCUAACAACUUGUUAAAGGAAGUAACAGAAGAAUUUCCAGAUAAUUUGGAAAUAUUGUCUGAAUUGGGUUGGAGUGAAGCAAAUCUAGGAAGAUUAGAUCCUGCUUUGAUAAUUUUUGAUAAUGUACUAACAAAAUUGGAAGGUACGGAUAUUAGAACAACUGAAAUUAGAGCUUUGAAUACAUGGAGAAAGGCUAAGACUCUUAUAUUUAAACAAAUGCUCCUUGAUGCAGAAAAAGAUGGAAUGGAUAAUGUUAAAAAUUCUUUUAAGCUAUUGAUACAAACUGUAAAAAUGCUAGAUACUUAUGCACCAGCCUUUUCUUUAUUAGGACACAUAUAUUCAAUAUACUAUUUGGAUAAUGCUCGUGCAUUUAAAUGCUACAAUAAGGCUUUUGAACUUAAUCCGGGUGAUAUAGAAGCUGCAAAAUAUAUGACAAGUAAAUAUGCAGAUAAUCAAAACUGGACCGCAGCUGCUAUUGUUGCAGAAAGAUUAGUUAAAUCUGAAAAAGCAAAGAAGGGCUUAAAAAGAGAAAAUUGGCCAUAUAGGGUUAUUGGGAUAUCUUAUUUAGAAAAGCAACAGGCAGCCGAUUCAAUAGAAUGGUUUCAAUCAGCAAUAAGAGUGGACGAUUCUGAUGUCGAAUCAUGGGUUGGUUUAGGACAAUCGUAUUACUCUUGUGGAAGAAUUGAGGCCUCCAUCAAAGUUUUUGAAAAACCCCUCGAGCUUUCACCACAUCACCCUCAUGCUUUAUAUUUUAAAGCUCUCGGUCUGUCAGAUGUUGGACAGUUUGUAGAGAGUAUUGAAAUUUUGGAAUAUAUUACUGAUCUUAAUCCUAAUAAUGAAGCAUUCAAGAUAUGUUUAGCCAAAAUUUUGGUAAAAUAUGCCACAGAUUUAUUCACCCAAGGUUUUUUAAUGAAAGCAAUUGCUACUGCUACUAAAUCAAUUUCUAUUAUUGAAUCGUUAGUAACUCAAAUGGGUUGCACAUCACAAAACUUAUGGGUAUUGCUAUCCAGUGCUUUGAAUAUGUACUUAUUAGUCUCUUCUCAAUCACAUGAAGUUCCAUUAGAUAAUCUGAUUUCAAUUUUUUCUUCAAUACGCUUUUCUGGAAUUGAAGAGCUAGAUGAUAUUGAUGAGAUCAUUUUUGAACAUCUAUUAGAAGAUGAUAAAGGCAUUGAUAAUAAUACUAUUAUAUGCACAUUACUGAUAUUAUCAUCCAAAUAUGCAUUAUCUUCAAGUGAUUUCGAAUCAUUAUCGGCUCCUCUUCGCUCUUCUCUGUGGUAUAAUAUUGGUCUUUCUGAAUUAACAUCUUAUAUAUUGUUAAAUGAAGAUAAGUUUAGAGAUGCUGCUAUAUAUGCAUUCAAAAAGUCUAUUAAAUUCCAAUCUAAUACAACAUCAUCUUGGAUAGGUCUCGGUAUUGCUACAAUGGAUAUCAAUUAUAGAGUAUCGCAACAUUGUUUUAUUAAAGCAAGCGCAUUAGAACCUAGAGAUACUGAAAUUUGGUUUAAUUUAUCAAUGUUAAGUUUGAAAAAUAAUGACACUACAUUUGCGAAGCAAGUACUUGAUAGAACUCAGAGCAUUGCUCCUCAAGAAUCAACUCCAUGGUUAGGGUUGGCACUUCUUCAUGAACUUGAAGGAAAUCGUCAAGAAAGCUCACGGCUAUUUGCUCAUGCAUUUGUUUUAUCAAAUGGUAGAUCUAAAAAUGCCCAACUUUUGUAUGCAAAGAAUGUUUUAGAAAAUUAUAUUGGUAAAAACUAUAAAGAAACCGAUAUUGAAGCUGUAGAGCAAUUAUCUACUAUUUCAAAUGGUUUGGAUCAAUACUUCAAGAAGGUUCCUGAUGAUCCAUUUGCUUUGCAAUGUGCAUUAUUAUCCUUAGAGAGGCUACAUAUGUAUUCUUUAGCUUCAGAAUAUGCCAACAAAUUAAGUGUAAUUCUUGAAAAUCGAUUUGAAAAUUCUCAAGAGGAAUCUGAAUUAAUCAAUUUUGCACAUUUGAAAGCCCAACUUGCUCGUAUAGAAUUAGGUUCUGGAAAUUAUACUACUGCAGCAGAGCAUGCUGAAUUAUCUUUGGGUUUACUAGAUGGCCAAGAGAGCUUAAUAAGUUCAACUAGUAUUCUAUCAAAUUAUAUUGUUUUAGGUCUUGCCAACUUCUUUUUAGAUAAAUUUGAUGAGACUCUAACUUAUUUCCAAAAACUUUUAGAAAUAUCUAAAGAAUCGAAAUAUGUGGUAAUCUUGAUUUCUAAAGUUUUAUAUGAGGUUGGGAGCGCUGAUAGUAAAGAAAUUGCAUUAGAAGAGCUAACUGAAUAUAUUGGAAAUAAUGGGCCUGAUAUCUCAAUAACAUUAACGCUUGCCGUUAUUUCUAUCAUAGAAAAUAAAAAAGAAGAUUUACAUGCUAUCCUUCAAGAACUAUAUGACUCACCGUUAUCUGAUUUAAUCGUUGAUAAACAAAGAAAUAUUCCUUACCUAAUUGACAAAAUAAAAAGAAGGAUAUCUAAGGAAACUCCAGAGUCCCAGAAAUUAAGAACUAUGCAAAAAAUGGCUGUACUAUUCCCCAACGAUUUUAAAUUGUGGGAAUCUUUGGAUAAGAAAAUAUGCCAACGUGUAUCAUGUGAUGGUCAAAACAAGGUGACUGCUGAGCAAUUAAGUAAUGCCUAUGCUAAUGUCGGGAACUUAAGAAGCAUUCAAAGAAGUAUUUUCUUAACACCAUGGGAAACUUCUAAUUUGCAAUCUCUAGCUGGGUGCUUCGUGUAA